GGGAGGCAACGCCCCGGGGCUGCCGCAGGCUCCCCCCGACCCAAAACCCGCUGCAGGGGAGAAAGACGCCCGGGGGCCCCAGGGACGGCUGCCAACGGGCUUCAUCGUGUCACUGCUGCUUUCCCCGUGCCUGCCCGGCUCCUACCGGCCCCACACGGGAAGGGGCCGGGGCCAGACUUGACAGACUAGCCAGCAUCUUACCUGGCAGGGGAAACACCGUGUAUCUGGGUCCAUGACCGCAGCUCUCCUUACUCGUUCCCGGGGAUAGCUGAUCUUUCGGUGUGGUUCAGCACCCGCCGAGGGGUUGGGGCUUAAUGCCCGUUUUAUGGAAAUGGGAGGCUCCUCCCUAGCUUGCUCCUGCAGCCAUAUGGCUGAGGGCAGGGGAAACUUGGGGGCAUCUGAACCCCAAGCCUGCACAUAGGAUGCUUGCCAAAAGACUUAGGAAAUAUCUGAAGCCCCUGGUGGGGCUGGAGGACGUUUGCCGGUUGUAGGGCCACGUAUGGUUCUGGGCUGACUCACAGAUUUGGACUUGAUUUGGCUUGAAACAGGAAAAAUGUCUUAAGAAAAAAAGACUAGCCAUGAUCUUUCCCGCUCGUGUGUGUAACCUUUCCUGGCUGCAGGCGGGGGGGGGGGGAUGUUCAGUCCCCCUGCCCCCUCCCACAGUUCCCCUGCCCUGGCCGUGGUUACGUGCCCAGCGUAGCACCCAGGGCUUUCUCACGAGCCCUGUCAUCUCAGCGGUGUCACAGCGAAGCCUGUUUCUGCUCUUCCCAAGGGACUGCCAUCUUUCUUUCUGGCUGUCUGGUGGGGGCUGCAUAACACGGUGCUGUUAAUAUGGAGGGCCUUUUGCAAGGGGCUUGGCCUUAGGACAGGUCUAUAAUUUGGAUAGCUUUCACUGUGUUUCAUUUUCAAGGAGUUUAAUAGCCAAAGAACCAUAAGUUCCUCUAGUCUGGUCUUCCUGUACAUCGUGGGGCGAGGCAAUUGUGUCAGAUUUCAAGGCUAAAUUUGUCUAACAUCAAAUUGCAGAGACUGCUUUGCUGUGCUUUUGUCAACAAUGGUGAAAUGCCCUUCCUUGCUAGGUAUGAUUUCCAAGUGAAAGUACCUGAAAGUGAUCAAGUAUCCUCUCAAACCCUCUCUUCAAAAAACGGGGUUCUGAUUAACUUACUGUAAUGUAUAAAGAGAGGGAAAGACAGAAGCUCACCAGUGAUGCUCAGUAUGCAAGGGAAAUACACCACAAGAUGGAUUCAGAGCAUCAGGCAUGCCUAAGACGACAGGAGCAGAAAAAAGAACAGGCUGAGAAGAGACGAGAACAACAUACCAGGCCUGAACAGAGACAGAAAACCCCAUCUUUCCUCUCUUCUACACGCAGUUAUGAAAGACCAUGGAUAUCAGCUGUACCAGUUACUAGACAGACCUCUGCAGAUGAGGGUUCUGGAUGUGAACAGAAAUCUGCUAUCAAAUCUCUUGGAAAUAAACAUGAAUCUAAAUUUCCUGAUAUCAACAAACCAUCAGUCAAACAGAAGCAGAAAUCUACCACAAGCUCAAAAAAGGUAGAGAAAAAUCUACUCUGCCCUAACAAAAUAACUCCAGCUUCCCAGAAGCAGUCAUUUUCAAGGGGAAAGAGAGAAAACCAAAGAGGAUCAUUGGGAAGCUCAGAUAUACAGAAUAUACGAAAAUUGGAAGACAGAGACAAAAUGACCUCAUUGCUGCAGGCAAAGACACAAGUUACCAGACGAUUUGAUUUUGGAGUCCAAAAAGAUGGUAAAAAGCAGACAAGUGAAAAUACUUUUAAGUAUAAGAAGAAAUCUCAGGAAAAAAGGAAUUUAAUCCAGUCUUCCAAACUAAAUUUAGAUCAGAAAGGUCCAGACAGAGACAAGAAUAUGGAAAAUGUCUUUAUACAAGCUCAGCAAUCUUCAGCUCUGUCAUCUGCACCUACAUUUCAGGGAACCAGUGGUUCCUUUCUAUCCCAUCAAUCCAAUGGUCCAUCUCCCACAUCUACUCAAAAGGCACCUCUGAAAUUCAGAGAUGAGAACAUUUAUUCUAUGCUGUGCUUCAACAUGGAAGAUACAUAUGAAGAAAAUGACAGUAGAAAAGAAGAAGAAGAAGAAUUACUAGAAGAAGAAUUUACUUCUUUUAGUCUAAACCAGUCUCCUACUCCACUAGAACAAGCUAGCUUUCCUCACCGGACAUCCUUAGUUCAAGAUAAACAGUUUAAUUCUGAAGAAGUUAGAGAUGAUAAAAAUGUUUUAUCAAGAAGAACUGAAUCUUCCCAUCAACCACUAAGAAAACUCAGCAUAACAGACUCAGCUGCUGAGCAGUUUUCACCGGGGCAAAGAAAAUCUAGGGACAAUGGAAAGUCUUGUGCUCCUUAUCGAUGUUUUUUUGAAGAUAUGGCUUCUGAUAAAAAUGAAAAUGAAACUCUGUCGCUUAGUUCAAGAAACUCACCAACUGAAAACAGGCUAGAUGGCACAUCUAUUUCUGAGAAUCUCAAUAAUGCAAGUGCUGAUGUUUAUAACAGAGAACGGCAAUCUUAUGAAAGCAAUCAGAGAUGUUAUGCUGACCUUCUUACUUCUGCUAGGGCAACAAGUCAUCAGCCAUUAUUUUAUUCUGCAUAUAGUACUCCAAGAUCAUUAAUACGAUCUCUACAUGGGGCUGAGGCCUCAGCAAAUUUGAGCUCAACAACUGUUCCUCCUCAAGUGCUGGAUUUGGAUGGAACUUCAAGGUUUAAUGUUCAUAGACCUUUAUCUCCUAUAAGAAGUAGGGGUUCUUUUUCUGCUGUGGAAAGUUAUGACCCUUUACCUAUACUCAACCCACCUGAAGAAAGUACAUCUCCAAGUGCUCCCUCACAUGAUGAAGAGAACUUAUUAAAUUCACAAAGUUCUUUUAUAUCUCUAGAUUCUACCAACCCAAUUUUAUUUCAAUCAGAUUUCACAGCCUAUCUUUAUACGGCUGGCAUACAGCAUGACCAGUUAUCACUUGCUUUGCUGGCAAUGUCUGAUCUACACAAUCAAAAUAAUGCUAUGAGCAACAUUACACCCUCUCAUUCACCCUCUCAUUCAAAAGAAAUAAAGAAACCCUCAACAGACCCAGAGAAGCUUAAGAGACUGAAGGAUAGUCUUCUGGAAGAAGAUUCAGAAGAGGAAGGCGACCAAUGUCGUAUCUGUCAGAUUGCGGGGGGUUCUAUAACCAAUCCACUGCUAGAACCAUGCAGUUGUGUGGGAAGCCUACAGUAUGUUCAUCAAGAAUGCUUAAAAAGCUGGCUGAAAGCUAAAAUAAAGUCAGGUGCAGAUCUGGAGACAGUAAAAAAUUGUGAACUGUGUAAGCAGAGCCUGGUGGUUGAGCUGGGUGAUUUUAAUGUGAGUGACUAUUAUAGAAAUCACCAACAGUCACAGGCACACAGUGAGCUAAUGAAUGCAGGUGUGUACUUGGUGCUGCUGCUUCACCUUUAUGAACAGAGGUUUGCUGAAUUCAUGAACUCAUAACCAAACCAGCAGAGAUAAGCUCUCAAGAGAAACUAGAGCAGAGGAAGAUUAAAGUAGGUUUUUUGGGAUUCAGAAUUAUUUCUCAAAGAUAUGUGCUUAUUAGCUUUCAUUAUGCAUGCUAGCUCUCACGUAGUGGCAGAACAUAUUAAAAACAACACUGAUGUAGAAGUUAAAAGACCAAAAGAAAAGAUUUCAGGAAAUUCAAGAUGCAGAAAAUAGUCAGGAAGAUUUGCAUCACAUCAAAUGUACAGUGCAUAAAAUCUUUAAAUUAAUUCCUCACAAAAACAGUGAGAAGUAAAAAUAAAGAAUUUUGCCAUAAUGUUUUUCCAGAAAGCUGCCAUCUCCUGGACUUUUUUUUCUUUUUUUUUUUACUUUUUCUUUAUUGUUUUUGUGAUGAGCAGUACUAAAACUCUGAUUUGUUCCACAUUUGGUAUGUUAGAACUCUUCCUAAUUAUUUGCUGCAAUAAGAUUUUAUGUUACUUUCACCAACAUUUAUGAGCUUUUUUUCUGAACACUCAGAAGGAAGGUUGAUUACUUAUUGUUAAUGACUUUAUCCAUUUAACAAGAUUGUUUUUUCCACUUUUGAAGCUGACAUUUGGUUUGCUGUCCUUUGGAUUCAAGAGGAAAUUCUACUUGCCCAUGCAGGCUUAGAAAAAAAUGCUAAAAGCAAGACGUUGUUGUAUGUACAACAUGGCAAACAGUUGGAUUAUUUUUACUAGAAUAAUCUCAAAAUACAGUAAAAAUGUUCUGACCUCACUUACAGAGAAUCUUGGACUCAUAUGGGUGAGGAAACAGUUUUUACUGUUGCAAAAGGUCCCAUUUGAAGUCAAAGGGUGUGACUACAAGUGCAUUUGAUAUAGGACCAGUUUACUUGUGAGUAAACUACUUGUGAGUUAACGCUUCCAGGCAGGCGUCUACACAUGCAGGGAUGUGGGAGAUUUGCUGCUCAUGGCAGCAAACUGCUCCCACUUCCUGGGGCCCUGCAACAGGCCACUGCCACCACUGAGGGGAACUGGAGGCUCCGACUACAGCUGCCUGUGGCCGGAAGCCAUCUUUAAAAGGCAUCCCCAUUCCCUGCUCCCUGGCCAGCUGUGUUUCUGGCCAGGAGCAGCAUGCAGAGCAGGGGGGCAACAUGUGGUAACUCUUGUGUUGCAGCCGCUGCCUCCCUGUGCCAUGGCUGCUCCAGCCUCUGUCCCUGGCCGUGAUGCCCAGUGCCCUGGACUCCCGCUGGCUGCCACACUGGCCCUGCUGGCCCGCUGCACCAUCCAUCAGCUGGCCCAUGGCCAUCUGGUAGGGGUGUGCAAGAUGGGCCCUAUUCAGUUCGAAUUCAGAUUCAGCCUGAAUUGUGGACAGCGAUUAGAUUAGUUGAUUCAGAUCACUGUCCCCAAUUCAAUUCGGCUGAAUACAAAUCUGAAGAUUCAAUGCUGAUUCAGAGAAUCAGCAAUUUGGACAUAGACACAGCUUUAAAUGUUUUUUCUACAUACCUUGAGGUACCAGGCACACCUUGUUAAUGCUGUGACACUGGGAUGGAUGGAGCAUCCCACAGGAGCAUGAGGGGGCCUCCUGUGUGCUCAGCGACGAACCCGGAAGUGGAUUGGAAGUACUUCUGGUUCACUUUCAAGUCCACCAGGAAGCACGCAGGGGGCCCCCCUGUGCCUCCCCAGCUCAGCGAUUGGCCACAAGGGGACCCCGGGUGCCCUGCAGGCCCAGGAGG